AUGGAAUUAUGCAGAUUAUAUGGAAAAAACAAUCCAACGCCUCAGAAGAGACUGGUAAUGCAGGGCCUCAAAGAAGGGAAAAAUUUCGCUGCCCUGGCAGCAGACCUCAACGUAGCAAAAGCAACCGCCGAGGUAUACGGAAUUGAUUGCCUUGCUGCUGGCGCAGAAUUGGAUCACGAGACAAUAGCAACCUUCCUGGACGUCACGGAAGAGUCUUUCUCUGUUAUAAAACGUGAAAUCUUAUCCAACGAAGAUAGGAAACUACGCACUAUUCGUGAUAACCUUGGGGAAGUUAUUACCUAUAACCAAAUUCGUUUCGUUAUAGCUUGUCUCAUACAUAACCUGGAGAUCUAA